AUGCGCGCAGACGACGUCGAGCUCGACGAGGAAGAGAGGGAACCUGUUGAUGGGGACGAAUUGGAAGAGGGUCGCGAUAUGGAUAACGAAGAUGAGGAUGAGGAAGAGGAAGGGCAGGAUGAGUAUGAAAAUGAUGGAUUUAUUGUGGAUGACAUUGAGGAUGAAGAGGAGCAAGAUGAAGAAGAGAAAACAGAAAGUGAUGAGGAGCGACAAAAGAGGAAAAAGAGGAAGAAAAAGUCAGUUUUCUGUCAUCGUGUCUUUUUACAUCUGCUUGUGAUUGAAGUUGAUGAACUUGGAGAUAGACAUAGGAUUGAAAUAAAGGAGGAGUAUGUCCUUGAUGAAGAUGAUUAUGAGUUGCUGGAGGACAAUAAUAUCAAUAUUCAUCGUUGGAAGGAGAGCAAAAAGUUCAAGCGGCUGAAAAAAGGCCGGAGGGACACUGAGGAGGAGCCCUCUGGGCUUUCUGAUGAGGAGGAGUUUGUUGGAAGUGGUAAAGUUGGGCGAACUGCAGAGGAGAAGCUUAAACGCAGCUUAUUUGGUGAUGAUGAAGGUGCUCUGGUUAUGGUGGUUUAUGCUUUUGGUUUUUUGUUGACAGUACUUGAUUGUUGUUGGAAGACUACUUUCCACACUAGCAUGGAGUUUUUAACUUAG